AAUAAUAAUAAUAAUAAUAAUAAUAAUAAUAAUAAUAAUAAUAAUAAUAAUAAUAAUAAUAAUAAUAAUAAUAAUAAUAAUAAUAAUAAUAAUAAUAAUAAUAAUAAUAAUAAUAAUAAUAAUAAUAAUAAUAAUAAUAAUAAUAAUAAUAAUAAUAAUAAUAAUAAUAAUAAUAAUAAUAAUAAUAAUAAUAAUAAUAAUAAUAAUAAUAAUAAUAAUAAUAAUAAUAAUAAUAAUAAUAAUAAUAAUAAUAAUAAUAAUAAUAAUAAUAAUAAUAAUAAUAAUAAUAAUAAUAAUAAUAAUAAUAAUAAUAAUAAUAAUAAUAAUAAUAAUAAUAAUAAUAAUAAUAAUAAUAAUAAUAAUAAUAAUAAUAAUAAUAAUAAUAAUAAUAAUAAUAAUAAUAAUAAUAAUAAUAAUAAUAAUAAUAAUAAUAAUAAUAAUAAUAAUAAUAAUAAUAAUAAUAAUAAUAAUAAUAAUAAUAAUAAUAAUAAUAAUAAUAAUAAUAAUAAUAAUAAUAAUAAUAAUAAUAAUAAUAAUAAUAAUAAUAAUAAUAAUAAUAAUAAUAAUAAUAAUAAUAAUAAUAAUAAUAAUAAUUCAACGGCGCUUAGCUGCAAGCGGCCGAGCGGGUUGUAG